UUAAAGCUUGUCAUUUGGGCCUUUUUCCCCUACUAUGUUUAUGCAUAAAUGCUGGCAAAGUCCGGUUUGCUUAUCUGUUUCCCCGGAUUUUAAUCUCACUGGUACUAUUUCAUUGUUGCGCUGGCUCCUCUUAGAACUGGAUAUCCCAAUGAGUUUUGAGGAUAGACCCAAGUAUGUACGAACGCAGAUGGGUGAGAAGUCAGAAGGUAUGCCAAGUAUGGAAGCAAGGUUCAGAAAGGGGAACCGCUUAAACAGUGUGUUCUGCGAGCACUCGUCACCUUCCAUGUGCCUCUGACGAAUACAGACACCGCCCACACCACACAGAAAAGAUAUUGUCAGACCAAGGUUGUGAGCAUCAUGUCGGAGGUCAAACCCAAGCUGGUUAUGCUUUUCAAAGCAACAAAAGAAAAAGAAGAAGAUAAAUUUGCUAAGGAACUGAAAAACAAUGGCUAUGAAGCAGUGAACAUUCCAGUGUUGUCAUUUACAUUUGUCAACCAGGAUCAGUUGAAGACACAUCUACAGAACCUGUCUGACUUCUCAGCCAUCAUUCUCACCAGUCCGCGAGCAGUGGAAGCAGUGGUGAAGGCAUCAGAGGGCCUUGCAGAUAAAGGAAAGAAAUUCAGUGGCAUGAAGUGCUAUGUAGUUGGAAAAGCUACAGGUGUUUUAGCCAAGAAGGCAGGAUUCACCACUACAGGAGAGGACUCGGGCAAUGCAACAGAACUUGCAAAACUUAUCUCAGCUGAUCCCCCGAAAGAUGGUAAACCAUUCCUGUACCCCUGUGCUGACAUCCGCAGAGACGUGCUGGUGCAACACUUGAAGGAGAAAGAAUUAGCUGUUGAGGAGAUCACAGCGUAUGAGACCAAACCCAAUGAAGCCCUAGAGAGCAGUGUCAAGGGGGUCCUGGAUCAGCAGGGAUUGCCCGAGUUUGCUGUAUUCUUCAGCCCUUCUGGCGUCCAGUACACAGAGCCAUUGGUCAAGAAAGGACUGCUGCCACUUGACAAAAUAAAAGUGAUAGCCUUGGGCCCUGCAACUAAGCUUGAGGUUGAAUCUCGUGGUGUGACUCUCCAUGGUGUUACAGCCAAGCCAGAGCCUGCCAGUCUUGUUACGCUGCUAAAACAGGAGAAUGUUGAAGAGAAGAAAGACUAAGUGUCCCUGGCAUGGAACAACCAACUGCUACAGUGGAAAGUGUGUACCCAGGGAUAACAGUGUGGGGCUAAUGUCCAGCAUGCAGUGGCAUCAACAGACCUGUCAGUACUAUCAAAGAAAGAGUUCAUCACAGACCAUCAUAUUUGUACCACAUAUGAUGAAACACAAAUCUCACUCUCCCUCUCUUCAUAAGGUAUUUCAUUAAUUCAUCUUUUCUGAUAAGUAGUUACAAACUGUUCAAGUUCAAAUAAAGUGACCUUUAUUGUAGCAUUUUGUUCAUGGUUUCAGUAGGUACUCCCAAAAGACAGGAAGAUGAAAUAUGCCAUGUAUAUCAGGUUUAGAAAGAGUAGAUGAAAUACACAGAUAAUUGUGUGGACUGAGGAACGGAAAAUAUAUGUUAUUGUUAUUUCAAAAAAAUCAUAAAAACUUGUUAUUUUUAUUCUUGUGGUGCUUUUAUAUAUAUGUACAGUGUUUUUAACUCAGUGUUGACCAAUGUUACACACCAGCUAAGGCCUGUUGAAGUCGGUUACAUGUGUCUGUUCAGUAGGCUACUGACAAAAUAGGAGAGAUAUGUGUGUAGCAUUACUUUAAUAUAUUUGUUGUUGUUAUUGUAGUGAUUGAUCUAGUCAGAGUAACAUUGCCUGUUGUUCUCCGUAAGUAUUAACCAUGUGGAUAUCACGUGUAUGUUUCCUGCUGUCAUUUCUCAGGAUGCAGCCUUAAUACUUCUCAAAACAUGAAAUGAGU